ACAAAUAAGGCAUUAGGCAAAAUGGAGAUUUGAUGAAAAGCAGCACAAUAGUAAUAGUUAGUGUUUCACGAUUUUAGCUUAUUACAGAACAAUUUAGCCAUAUAUCGUGAUUAUUAGUACAUGUUUUAAUAAGAAGCUAAACAAAGAAGGCUUCGAAAUGGUUGUUUCACCGCAAAGUCCUGCCAGCGAUACCCAAAGCGUUCAAGCUAAAAAAAUCAAUAUGGCCUCGAAACAAACAUCAGUUGCAGACACAAGAGCUGAACUGGCAGAAUUGGUGAAACGAAAGGCGGAAGUUGCUGAAACGUUAGCUAACUUGGAAAGACAAAUUUAUGCAUUUGAAGGUUCCUAUUUGGAAGAUACACAACUAUAUGGUAAUAUCAUUAGAGGCUGGGAUAGAUAUCUAGCCACAAAUAAAAGUACAAACUCUAAGGCUGAUAAAAGAAAUAGAAAAUUCAAAGAGGCUGAAAGAUUAUUCUCAAAGUCUUCCAUUACUUCCAUGGCGGCUGUAAGUGGACUUGUUGAUCCUGCUGAAGCCAAAAAUGAAAGAAAUAGUGAAACAGAAUCUCAGACAAAUGAAGAUUCAUCUGAUACUCAAUUAAGUGGAGUAAAUAUUGGUAACUUAAAUCAUACAACUAUACAUGGCUCCACUGAAAGUAUUGCAUCAAAACCUUCCGGUAAACAACACACUAAUGGCGGAAUUGAAAAGAGCCUAAAUAGUUCAAUCACAAAACAGAGCAUUACUCAGAAAAUUGCUUCAUCGAGUAGCGUGUUACAAAAGGCUUUUGGAAGUGAAAGCAAGAUGUUAUCUGCUGUCGGCCUGGAUAGUAGACCUGGGACACCUAAAGAUAAAGAUAUUGGCUUAAUGAACAAAGGUGACACAACACCAAACUCAUUGAAACAUAAAUUGUCCAACAGCAGUAACAAUAGCAACAUUAAAAAAAAUAACAACAAAAAGGCCAGGCACAGAUAAUAACAAGUCGACAAUAAUUUAAAACAAUUUAAGUACUUAACAUGCUGUGUACUUGGAUACCAAUUUUAUGAUUAAAUAAUUUAUGUUCAGUAAAAAUAUAAUUUUAUUUAUUAUAUAGAAGUUACAUUCACAAUA